AUGUUUGAUCGUCCGCCCUUCCGAGUAGGCUUAAUGGGUGGCCUGUCAGCAGAUACCCACGUCAAGCGAGCAGCGUGUGAUCUUGCCAGCGGUGCAUUGUACAGCUUUCCCAAUGCCAGCUCUGUCGUCGAUGCCAGUCAACCCGUCACAUUCAAAUGGAACACUGCCUGCCCAAUGGACACGGAUGUCGACUUGUAUCUCUACGCCGCGUCCUCUCAGAAUGGUCAGAUCCAAGUUUGGCUAAAUGCUCCUUUUGCCAGCGGCGAAUACACCGCUAUUCUUCGACCCAAGUGGUGGAACGACACCACCACCGCAGAUCUCCAAUUGACCAUCCUGAAUGCGGGCACACAACCUUGGGACAGCACCUCGCCUCCUGGACCCAUCUUCAAAGUCACGUACCCAGCUGACAAGAUGUUCACCACCACCACUGUCAACGGUCAAGCUCAGACCAACACGGCUGCAGCAGCUGCGACCCAGAGCAAAGACACUAUCUUCCAAAAUGUCUCCGUAAAUGACGCUGGCAGGAGUGGUAUUUCGAAAGGAGCUAUCGCGGCUGCUGUCAUUGUUCCGCUUCUCUUCCUUGCCGUCAUUGCCGGCGUGGCCGUCUGGUUCUGGCGGAAGAGAGAAGCUGAAAAGCUCAAACGAUGGUCUCAGGCCAUGUCCAGUGCUUCAAACCUCGAGUGGGAGAAAGGUGCUCGACCUGGGGAGACGCGAGGAGCGGUCCUCAGUCGACCCAACACAAACUUUUCAGCUCGACCCAUGUCUCAAUUUUCUGGUCGACCAAACUCUCACGCGACAUCUUCAGUCUAUGCGGUGGAGAAUAAUAUGGCUGGAACUGGAGCUGCUGGCAACUUCCCUCACCCACCUGCGUUUGGUCAAUUCCGUUCGCAGUCUGCUGAAAACCUCUCGAUUCGUUCGUCCAUGGUAUUGCCAGACGGCUCUGUGAGGCAAUCUCGUAUCUCUUUCGCCGAGACGACGCGUGGAGAUCGUCGAUCGAGAUUGUCCGUCGGUGAUAACCUCAGUCGACCAAACAUUGCCGGAAGACUCCCCGCUGGUUCUAGGUCUGCCGACGCGCUUCACACCAUGGGACAUCAACGAAACGCUUCAUAUGCUACUGGAAGUGCUAUCGCCGAUGAGGACGACAUCAACGUUUCACCCUCCCAACUCCAAGGCCCCGAUGCAUUUGCCGACGCGCAAAUGCGACGAGCAGCCAAUGGCCAGCGAAUCGGACGUAAGAGUAUUCUCGGUGGCUCUAGGCGAAACAGUACAACUAGUACGAUCGACGCGGCGGAUCUGAAAUACGCAGACAGCGCAAGAGGAUCAGUUGAUGAGCUUCGUGAGAUGGAAGCUUCGGUCCUCGCUCGACGAUCGCAAAUCUCUUUAACCUCUAGAUCUUCACCGGCUCCUGGAUCUGCUGGUCCUACGCAUCAAUAUUACGAUACCAACCAGAUGGAAUCUCUUUCAGCUGAACCCUCGCCCGUCCACCCCCUCAGUCCGUCUGGACAAGCGGGACCCGGAGGAUCCUCGACCGUUCAAUAUGGUCCUGAUCAGAUGUUGGCAGUCUACGCUCAACGUAAAGCUGGAACUCCCAUGGCUUCUGCCCCUGCUCCUGGCGACAUGAGGUCAUUUGUUCAUCUGAACAACGGGACAAUGUCUUCGAACGCAGUCAAUGCCUUGCCUCAUCCUGGACCAAAGUACAACAACUUGGCCGUCCCGCCAAACGGCAAAGGUCAAACGAGGAACAGUGAUGGCAGCGCGUACUCUGAAGAUGCGGUCGGCGAGGCGAGAUAA